AUGCCCAAUGAUUUAGUAAUUGAUGAAACAUGGCUAAAGGAUACCCUAAUGAAGGAUUUCAAUAAAUGGUCUUCUCCGUUAAAUACAUUUAAUAGAUACAAUGACAAUGAUGAUAAUAAUUUUAACGAAUUUAUAUCCUUAACGCGCUAUAAUAAUAGAAAUAAUAAUACAGACAAUGACAAAUGCCCUCCUUGCUUUAAUUGUAUGUUACCGAUAUUUGAAUGUAAGCAAUUUUCAGAGUGUAACCCAAAUACAGGAAGAUGUGACUGUCGUGAAGGGUUUGCAGGUGAUGAUUGUUUGACACCUUUAUGUGGGAGUCUAGCUGAUGACAAUUCGAAUAGACCAAUGAGAUCCAACGAGACAAAUACGUGUAAAGGUCAAUGUGAUGAUGGUUGGUCAGGUAUUAAUUGUAAUAUUUGUGAGAUGGAUUCUGUAUGUGAUUCAUUUAUGCCGGAUUCAUCGAUCAAAGGUACAUGUUAUAGAAAUGGGAUGAUUGUUAAUAGAGUCUUUGAAGGUUGUAAUGUCACUAAUGAAAAAAUUAUUGAAAUAUUAAAUGGUAAAUUACCACAAAUAUCAUUUUCUUGCGAUAAAAAAAAGCAAGAAUGCAAUUUCCAAUUUUGGAUAGAUGAGAUUGAAAGUUUUUAUUGUGGAUUAGAUGCAUGUACCUUUGAGUACGAUUUAAAUAAAAAUACAACUCAUUAUAAUUGUGAAAAUGCAAAAUGUAAAUGUGUCCCAGGUACAAUGCUUUGUGGGAAAAAUGGUUCUAUUGAUAUUUCAGAAUUUUUAACAGAAACAAUUAAAGGUCCAGGUGAUUUUACGUGUGAUUUAAAUACUCAUGAUUGUCAAUUCACGGAACCUUCAAUGAAUGAUUUGAUUUUAACAAUAUUCGGUGAUCCUUAUAUCACUUUGAAUUGUCAAUCAGGUGAAUGUUUACAUUUUAGUGAAAUACCAGGUUAUAAGAGUCCAACUGAUCGUGAAAAGAUGACUUGGAGUGAAACUAUUAUCCUAACUUUAACUGCUCUAGCUGUAUUAACUUGUGCAACUUUAUUAGUAUUAUACAUCGCAAACUCUCCCUUGUUUAAGACUUCUUCUAUACAUUUAUCAGAUGAUGAGGAUGAUGAUAUGUAUUAUUCAAAUGAAGACGUUGCACACGCCGGUUUAAAUGGAACUACUACUCAAUCAUUUACUAAUAAACUAACACAAGUUAUUACAACUAUAUUUGGUCUUACAGCCGUAGCUGAUACAUCCAUUCAAGGACGAGAUGAUGAUUUCUUAACUUCAAAACAUGUAGCAGCAUUAUCCUUUGAAAAUAUUUCUUAUAAUGUACCAUCCAUCUCUGAUAAUAAUUCAGAAAGAGAUAUAUUAAAGAAUGUUUCGGGUAUUGUAAAACCAGGUGAAAUCAUGGCUAUUCUGGGUGGCUCAGGUGCAGGUAAGACUACUCUUUUAGAUAUUUUAGCAUUUAAGAGAAAAUCAGGUCAUGUUUCAGGUGAUAUUAAAAUUAAUGGUAAGAAUGUUUCAAGGGAGAUUAUCUCUAAAAUGAUUGGGUUUGUAGACCAAGAUGAUUUCCUUUUCCCCACCUUAACAGUGUAUGAAGCAGUUUUAAAUAGUGCAUUAUUACGAUUACCAAAUUCAAUGACUUUUUAUCAAAAGCAACAAAGAGUUUUCCAAGUCCUAGAGGAAUUAAGAAUUUAUAAUAUUAAAGAUAGACUCAUCGGUGAUGAUUUUGAAAGAGGGAUUAGUGGUGGUGAAAAGAGACGUGUUUCCAUUGCAUGCGAAUUAGUAACAUCUCCAUUGAUUUUAUUCCUUGAUGAACCAACUUCAGGUUUAGAUUCAAAUAACGCAAAUAACGUGGUUGAAUGUUUAGUAAGAUUGGCAAAAAAUUAUAAUAGAACAUUAGUAUUGACUAUUCAUCAGCCAAGAUCUAAUAUUUUCCAUUUAUUUAGUAAAUUAGUAUUACUAAGCUCAGGUGAGAUGGUUUAUUCUGGUGAAAUUCGUAGAGUAGGAGAAUUUUUAAAAACAAAUGGUUAUAGAUGUCCAACUGAUUAUAACAUUGCUGAUUAUCUAAUAGAUUUAACAUUUGAUAAAGAAAUCAAAUCAGUUGAUUUCCCUCAUAGAGAUUUGGAAGAAGGAUUAAAUGAAAGUUCAGGUUCAAGCACAUCAUUUCCAUUAAACACUGGUAUCAACUUCGGUGAUGAUAUCAAUAGAUUUAAACGAACUCAAACACAAUUAGAAUGGGAACAUUUUGCAGGCCAUAGAGAUGAAUUAAGCCAUUUACUCACCAAUGAAAACACGGCUAAUGAUUCAGCAAAUAUACAACAGCAAUCAAAAAUUGGUAAUCGUAAACGUGGAAUUUCCAUUGGGAAAGUUAAUACGCAAUUAUUACAUACAAGAUUUAAAGAAGGUGCAUAUUUCAUGGAUUUGAAUCAAGAAAUUUCCGAAGUUGUUAAUCAAGUACCAAAUUCAAGUAAUUCAAAUUCAACAUCCACCUUAUCGUUUGAGAUUCCAGAUUUACAAAGAGGGGCAUCUUUUUUACAACAAUUAUUAAUCUUAUGCUCUAGAACGUUUAAGAAUGUUUAUAGAAAUCCAAAAUUAUUAUUGGCUAAUUAUAUUCUGACAAUUUUAUUAAGUAUAUUCCUAGGGACUCUUUAUUAUGACGUUGCAAACAAUAUUAGUGGGUUUCAAAAUAGAAUGGGGUUAUUCUUUUUCAUAUUAACCUAUUUUGGUUUUAUUACAUUUACAGGAUUGAGUUCUUUUGCUCAAGAGAGAAAUAUUUUCAUUAAGGAACGUUCUAAUAACUAUUACUCGCCAAUUGCUUACUAUAUUAGUAAAAUAUUAAGCGAAAUUAUACCUUUGAGAGUUUUCCCUCCUAUUUUAUUAUCAGUUGUUAUCUAUCCAAUGGUUGGAUUGAAUAUGAGAAGCCAUGCCUUUUUUAAAUGUAUUUUAAUUUUAAUAUCCUUCAAUACAGCCAUUGCUUUACAGAUUUUGACAAUUGGUAUUGUGGUGAAAGAUUUAAACAGCUCUAUCAUUUUAAGUGUGCUUGUAUUGUUGGGAUCAUUACUAUUUAGUGGGUUGUUUAUUAAUACACAAGAAAUUACUAAUUUUGCACUCAAAUAUUUCAAGAAUAUUUCCAUAUUUUAUUAUGCAUAUGAAUCCUUAUUAAUCAAUGAAGUCAAAACAUUGAUCUUGAAGGAAAAGAAAUAUGGAUUGAAUAUUGAAGUUCCGGGUGCUACAAUUUUAAGUACAUUCGGUUUUAUUGUGCAAAACUUAUACUUCGAUAUCAAAAUACUUUCUCUUUUCAAUGUAAUAUUUUUGAUUUUGGGUUACCUAGGAUUGAAGUUUAUUGUUGUUGAACAAAAAUAG